AUGUUUUCGAACUUGACCAACAUCGUCCAAAAAGCCCAGCAGCUAAUCGAUCCUACUCAGGGGCUUAACCUGUCCAGCUCCGAUCGCAAUCCUUCAAAGUCAUCGUUGUUCCAGAGCCAGUUUCGCUUGCCUGCCUCUCAAACACCACUCUACGAGAUCAACGCUGAGCUUACUAUCCCGCCUUCGAACGCGACACACGGCGAUAAAGAUCACGACCGAGGAUGGCAUUAUGCUGGAAAGCUACACCUGUCAGAGCACUAUAUGUGCUUCUCGACAACACCCACUAGCUUCGUGCAAUCUGCCAGUCUUUCGACAUCAACGGCUUUCACGGGCCAGACACACGGAGGAGGUCCUAGCGGCAAUGGUUUCACCUUUCCUUUAUGUGCCAUACGAAGAGUUGAGCGCUUGAAUAGUCAGAAUUUCCAGUUCGCCCUAGCACUGACUACAUGGAAUGGCCUUCUCGCCGAGACCCCCAAAGACAAGAAGGAUCCUCGAGAACAGCGCAUCACAAUUCAUCUUGCCGGCACCAGACAAUCCUGUGAACGCUUCUGCGAUGGGCUCAAAAAGGGUCUCAGAGCAGGUGUCGGUAACGUAGCCAAGCUGCGUCGGGUUGCUGCUGAGUGUUACUCUGAACACCUUCUAAGAACUGAAGAUAAGAAGAACGACCCUCCGCCGGACGCUGGCUUGGGAAUGCUCUUCCGGUAUCCUGGAGACCCGAAGAAGUUGCGCGACAGAGCAAAGAUGCGCCUGUGGGCUGAGUAUCUGCGCGACAAUGGCAGGAACUUUACAUUGAUCCGACAACCAACUUUCCACAAACUUAUUCGCGUCGGUCUGCCCAACCGGCUCAGGGGUGAAAUCUGGGAGCUCACUUCCGGUUCGAUAUAUUUACGCCUGGAGAACCCAGCACUUUACACUGAUACACUGGCUAAGUUUGAGGGCCAGGAAUCACUUGCCAUUGACGAGAUCGAAAAGGACCUCAACCGAAGUCUUCCAGAGUACCCUGGCUUCCAAAGUGAAGAUGGAAUUAACCGACUUCGCCGAGUUUUAACUGCUUAUAGCUGGGUCAACGCCGAUGUUGGGUAUUGCCAAGCCAUGAAUAUCGUUGUGGCCGCACUGUUGAUUUACAUGUCUGAGGCUCAAGCUUUCUUCUUACUCUCGACGCUCUGCGACAGGCUCGUACCCGGGUAUUAUUCUACGACCAUGUACGGUACACUACUUGACCAGAAAGUAUUCGAAUCGCUGGUUGAGAGAACGAUGCCUAUUCUCUGGGACCACCUCGUCAAGAGCGACGUGCAGCUGUCGGUUGUCUCGCUUCCUUGGUUCCUUUCACUAUACAUAAACUCAAUGCCCUUGGUAUUUGCUUUCCGUGUUCUCGAUGUCUUUUUCGUGGAAGGACCGAAGGUAUUGUUUCAAGUCGGACUGGCAAUUCUACGAAUCAACGGCGAGGAACUACUCGACGCAACAGAUGAUGGGGCUUUCAUCUCGGUACUGAAGUCCUACUUCUCCCGCUUGGACGAGUCAGCCCAUCCAAGGUCAGAGAAUCCUAAGCUGCGUGCAGUGACGCGAUUCCAGGAACUCAUGGUAGUGGCUUUCAAAGAGUUUGCAGGGAUUACUCACAGUAGCAUUACGGAACUGCGCUUGAAGAACAAAGAUGCUGUUCUUAGUAACAUUGAGAACUUUGCUAAGAGGACUGCAAUUCGCAACUUAGGCCCAGAAAGCAAGCUGAUGAGUACCGACGAGCUCGGGGCUUUGUAUGAUCGAUUUUACAGCAUUCUGUACGAACGUCAGCAGAGAGACCACAUGAUCCAACAAGAGAAGAUGCGACGGGCCAAGGCAAGCAGAAUGCGUGCGUCCGAAAUAUUCACAACGCAUCAUAACGAGGUCGAGAGGGGGCGUGUAGGCCUAGGGCCAAGUACAAGUCUUAUGGAUUACGACGCGUUUCGUGAAUUUCUUGCCAGCAUGUCGAAAUGGGCUAUUUCGGAUUCACCAGGUGCCACCAAGUAUGGAAAUUACGAAGAACGGCAAACCAAGUUCAAUAGCGCCAGACGCGCAUCCGACAUGUUGUCUCCUUGGGGUACGGGGCCCGAGCCUGCCGAACACGAAUUCUUACGUCGACUUUUCAAGAAGUGGGAUGUCGAUGACAGCUCUGCAUUGACUUUGCAGAAUGUUGUCACGGGCUUGGCGCAGAUCAAAGGCAAGCGGGAUAUAAUGGGCACAAUCACGUAUUUCUUCGAAUUAUACGACGACGAUGACGAUGGCAAAGUUGAUCGUGAGGGGAUUUUGCGUAUAUCUGAGGCCUUGUUGUUCCUAUCGCGCCGAGGUCUUGAGGGUACCCUGAGCCCCAGUGCCAACAGCACUAUGGAGAGUGAUGCAGCAAGUGGUCAGGAAUCGCAGGCUGGCCUACCCUCUGGUGUCUCGACUAAUGAGCGAUUCCUGGGAAGUGUGAGCGCCUUUAUAAGACGAUGCUUUGAGUACGCCGACCCUGCAGGUGGACACAAAGACCAAGUCCCCACUACACCAGAUGAUGAAACCUCAAAAGGCGGUGCCUUUGCGAUAGGCGACGACGACGACGACGACGACGACGACGAUGACGAUGACGAUGACGAUGACGAGGAAGAUCUCUUGGGUCUUGAAUCCCCUACCAACUCACCAACUAAGGCAAAGAAGCCUACCCUCUCAACGGAGAGUUCCUUGGAUGCUCCCACCGACCCUGAAGCAGCGUCACGUCGAAGAGUUUCUAAGGCCAAAUCUGAGGCAGCAAAUGCAGCGCUAGACCCUGCACACCCACUGCAUCUUACCCUGCCGACCUUCCGUAUGGUAGUCCUUGCUGAUGAGUUGCUUGAGCAAUUCUUUGAGUCGUCCUUCCCUGCAUCCUUCCAUGUUAUCGAGGGACUGCCUACGACAACUUCAGCACAGUCCCUCACAACGUUUUCCAGUCUCGGCUUCGGAGCCAGGCCUCCGGUUGCGCCCCCGGUCGGUCCUCCGGGAGCAGGACGUGGCCUCCGUGGCGUCCUCGAUAACAUCGUCACGGACGGAAUGCGUGUCGCUACCGAGGUUAGACGACGUAUGGACGAGGCUCAAAAAGAACUCGAGAAGAACGCCCUGCCUGGGCAACGGCCCGAGGAGGAGGAUGAGGAUGAUGACGACCUUGGAGUUGAAGUAGGCGUGAGAAAGGGACCUUCAGCCAGUAGCACCGACAUAGAACGUCGGUCCGUUAGGAGCUCAGACAGAGACCUGCUAGAUGGAGCAGAUGCAGAGGCUGGCGCGUCGGCCAAGCCGCAAGAACCGAGUUUGCUUGACGUGAACCCCAGCGACGACCGACCUCGUGCCGGUACAGCGACUUCAUCGGGGUCAACUGGAGGAUCAGGGGUUGUGGAGUUUGAAGGCUAG